UCUCAUUCCAUCUGCUUCAUGAACAUGAGCCGGCUGCUUUCUCUGCCUCUCUGAGCGUCUCUGAGCUGUUUUGACAUAUGUGCUCCUUUUCCCAAGUCUUUCCAUUAAACCUCUCCAUACCUCGCUCUCUGUGUUUUACCAAGCAGGACAGGAGCACCAGCAGAGGGGACUGAUCACAAUAACAGGAAGAGGAAGUGGGCAGUGACCUGUAUGGGAGACGAUUGUGUUCCCACAGCUGCCGUUCAACACUUUUGGCCAGUGGAUGAAAAUCACAUCAGAGGUGACAGGGGGAAAAGAAAAGAGAGGAACUUGAAAACUGUUGGACUCUUACCUGAAGAAAAACCCCAAGAACCCGAGGGAGGAAAAAACCAACAGCAACAUUUUGGGAUAAAAACUGAAGAGUUGGAGUGACUGGAUUCUUGACUUUUUUUGGAAAAAUAAACACAAAGGAGAGUGAACAGGGUGAUAUAUCACUUUGAUUACUUGCUUUUUAUUCUUUCCUGACUCUCCAAGAGUCUGUCAUAGACAGAGGUGUCAUCAUCAUCACCCACUUUAAUAUCUGGUCUGGAGAGAAGGAUUUUGAAUUAAAACCUGGGGGACAGAAAUCAGGCAGAGACAGAAAUCACCUGCUACUGUCUCUCUUUUUCAUCGGGAACAUCAGCUGACAAAAAGAAGAAGAAGAAGGCGUAGGAGAAUCAGUAGGCGGUUUUACCCUCUGUUGAGCUCACGACCACCUACCAGCCACUAAUUUAUAACCACAGCCUGUCAAAUACAGUUUGCCCGAGCAAGGGAGCACCUUGAGGGAUUUGGUCUUCUCUGAUCACCUGCUGGUUUGGAUUCACUUUCUCUGCGAGAUGAUGGCUUGGCUCCAGUUUUGGACCAUGGUGCUCAUGGUCAUGAUGGCCUUGUCCAUCUCCCUCGCCAUUGCUGAAGACUCUGACCUUUCUAUGGUGGAAGCAGAGAAACGAGGCCUUGCUGAAAUUGUGAAGAAAGAGUCCCAUCCUGUCCUGUUCAGGCAGAAGAGAGAGUGGAUCUGGAACAAUCUCUAUGUGGAAGAGGAAAAGCCUGCACCCAUUGCCUACAAGAUAGGACACUUGAAGUCCAGCCAAAGAGCAGAGCGGAAGAGAUAUGAAAUAGAAGGUGAAGGAGCAAACACCAUCUUCACAGUGGACCAUAAAGGAGACCUGUUUGUCACCAGAUCUCUGGACAGAGAAGAGAAGAGUUUGUACCAUUUGACUGCCAAGUUGUUUGACAGCAACGACAAGCUGAUCGAGAAUGCAGGAGACUUUGUUGUCCAUGUGACGGACAUCAACGACAACAGCCCCAUCUUCUCCAAAACAUUCAAUGGAUCUAUAAUGGAGAGAUCCCCAAUGGGAACCAAAGUAGUUGAGGUGAAUGCAACUGAUGCCGAUGACCCAACCACUGCUAAUGGGGAGCUCAGGUAUUCUUUGACCCAAUAUGGAGACGUUUCUGCCUUUGAAAUCGACAGCGUGACAGGUGUCAUCAGCUGCAAGACAAACACCCUGGAUCGGGAAACUAAAAGUCAGUAUGUGUUGGUGGUUAAGGUUCAGGACAUGAGAGGAAUGGCAUCCGGCAGCACGGCCACCACCUCUGUCACCAUCACUGUCACCGACACCAAUGACAACAUGGCUUCCUUCACCCGAAAGGUGUAUGAGCUGCAGGUUCCAGAAGACCACAAGUUAAAUGAAAAGAUCGGCACUCUGGAGUUAGAGGACAGAGAUCAGAUCCAGAACAAAGAGCCCAUCUUCACUAUCCCAAGUGAACACAACAGGAUGUUCAACAUUGAACUCAGUCCGAACAAAGACGGCAAUCUCCUACUCAAACAGGCUCUGGACUAUGAAACAAAAAACAGCUACACUUUCACUGUCCAAGUCCGAGAAAACCUGCUUUUUCCUGCCGACAACCCGAACAGUGCUGUCACCAAAGCCCAGGUCAACAUCAAGGUGUUAGACGUAGACGAGCCACCAGUCUUCUCCAAGCCCAUCUACACUUUCAAUGUGAUGGAAGAACGGAUGGAAAACAUAGGAGUAAUCACUGCCACAGAUCCUGACAGAGCCAAAAAGACAAUACGGUACUCCAUUUUAGACAAAGACUGUCCUAUUGGUAUCAACCCUUUAACAGGUCAGCUGUCCACCCUGAGGACACUGGACAGGGAGCUGGAGGCUACACACAGGUUUCAAGUUAAGGCACAGGAGGAGCCAAGUGGUUUGGAGUCCUUUGUUAAAGUUGACAUUAUAGUUGAUGACAUUAACGACAACAAGCCUGAACUGGUUGUGGAUGAGAUCUUCGUCUGUGAGAAUGAUGGCUCUAAAACGGUGAUAGGAACUCUGAGAGCUACAGAUAAAGAUGACCAGCCGGCUUCCUUCAGUUUCGACCUGCACAGUGGAAGCUCCAACUUCUCCAUCAAAGACUAUGGCAAUAACACAGCAGACAUUAUGGUGAAGGACGGCCCGUUCAGCCUGGACGACCCCAAGGAUUACACUGUGUAUGUGCGUGUCAGUGAUGGAGGACAACCCGUCCAGACGAGCAUCACCACACUGGCAAUCAAGUCGUGCCGCUGUGAUGCCAGGAGAAUUCCCACACAGUGCAAAGCCAGUGCUCAGAGGAUGUCAAUGAGUGUCCAAGCCCUGAUCGCCAUCCUGCUCUGCAUACUGACCAUACUGGUCAUAGUGAUCCUGUUUGUGAUAAGGAAACGCUACCAGAAGGACUCCCUGGCUAACAUUAAGAACAGCGGGGAUAUCCACGAGCAGCUGGUCACAUACGAUGAGGAGGGAGGAGGAGAGAUGGACACCAAUGGGUAUGACGUCUCAAUCCUCAGCUCAGCUUGCAAUGACGGCUCCCUGCUCCGCCACCCGGACCGUCACCCCCACCCCUCUUUAUAUGCCAUGGUGCAGAAGCCCACUCAUCCCACUGCAUGUAAGGGUGACAUGGCCGUGAUGAUAGAGGUGAAGAAAGACGAAGCAGACCACGACAGAGACGGCAUCCCUUAUGACACCCUCCACAUCUACGGCUAUGAGGGACCUGAGUCUUUAGCCGGAAGCCUCAGCUCCCUGGAGAGUUCGUCCACUGGUUCAAACUUGGAUUAUGACUUCCUGAAUGAUUGGGGACCAAGAUUCAGGACCCUGGCCGAGCUGUACGGAGUGGACGGACCCGACUAUUACCACCAGUACUGAUGGACAACAUCUGCCAACAUGCAUGCAUGAUGCCAAAACACACACAUGUGCAAAACAGCCAUAAGAACACAGAGAAAUGCAGGAAGCACACUGGUUUCAUGCUCUCCAUUUUGUUUCUGGAUAAGGAGCCUUGGUGUGUGCAGACAUCCAUGUUCUCUGAAGACUUUUCCAGUUUCUGAAAACAGAAUCAGGGCACUCUCAUUUCUACUGUAACAUCAACUAACUUUUGCUAUGCUAAGUAACCAGAAGGUUUAUUGACUCAAGCAGUCUGUUGAGAGUGUCUGGAAAUCUCCCUUUUUUCUUUUGCAGUGACAUGUUGCCCUUUGCCUCCACCAAGAAGACGUUGCAGUGAUUUAAAAAAGAAAAAAAAGUUAUAUCAACACAUCAUACCAUCACAGAAAGUGACAACUAAGUGCUCCGCAGUGUUUCAAGAGGAUUUAUUAUUUCUGACAGUGUGAGAUCCUUGCAGCGUAGAUGUGUUUUUCUUCCAUCACAGCCAAUCAGAGCUGAGUGUGGAUUAUCCUCCAUGCACUUAAAUUCAGCUGCAUAUAGAGUGCAUGUACCAAUGUUACACAUCUCUCAGUGGGGAAAAACAAUAAAAGAAAGAAAUGUUUAUUCAGAAAAGUCAUUCGACCUAUCACCCUUUGGACAAGACAUAUAGAUAAGAGCACAUCAAAUCCGGAUUCUGACAUGAAUUCAAGUUUUUAAUUUGUUAAUUUCCAUCGUACUGGGGAUGCAAAAUGGUGCACGUUAAAGCAGUUUAUUGCCUGUAAUCUCUCUGAACUUUACUUUCUCUCUGUUAUGUUUUUUUUAUACAUAUUUUAGAAAAAAGAAAAAGCCAGAAACACAAGGUGAUUUUUUUAUUUUUGAUCUCAUGUUGAGCAUUUGAUCUGUAAAUAUCGUCACUUGAGGUUUUUUAUUGUUUGAGCUGCAUUUUAUACUUUGACGUGUUUGAUCACAGCGAGGUGUCAUUUUUGUCUUUUUGAUAACGGUAAAAAUAAUCAUCUUGUGUACCAGGUUAUUUUAUACACACACACAUAUAUAUGUAUAUAUAUAUAUAUAUAUAUAUAUAUAUACAUACAUAUAUGAUAUUAACAUGUCAAGAGACAUACUUCAAUAGUUAAUAACAACUCAGCAUUGUCACAGUUUUUUUUUCCAGUGUAGAAACCUUUAAAAAGCGGCCGUCUGAUAUGAAUGAGGAGUCAUUUUCUGUGUGAGUCGUCGUGUUUCUUUUUCCCAAUCGUUUUCUGCUCAAAGAAGAGAACAAUGGAUAGACACACAGACACGAAAGGAAAUGGCCGUGCUGCUGCUGGCUGCUGCUGCUGAGACAGAAUUACAGCGUGUUCCCAGGCUUGAUUUGACAGGACUCAUCAUCACAGUUAUUGUUGAGAUGAAAGCCUAAUCCUCAGAGGCGUGCUAGAACAAAAGUCAUUCAGACAACACAGGAAGCACCAAGUGGCAAAGGCACCUAGUUGGGCAGCAGCGAUGGCUCUGAGGUGGCUCGAAUAACUUUAACCUCUCAUCCUUUUUGGCUACUGCCAAGUCAUAAAGUCUCUAGUAACAAAAAAAAAAAGAAGCUGAUCAGCCUAAGCUGAGAACGGUUCAUCUUCUAAAAGAGUGAACUGUCUCAAAAUAUAGAUGCUCGCUGUAGGAACAAGAUGACAAUCUGAUAAGAGGAAUAAUGUUAUUUAAAGAUAAGCCAUAUUGAAGUCACCAUUGUAAAUCCGUUGUUUUUGUAUGAUUCGAUGCACAGUUGACAUUUGAUCAUUUUUAGUGACUGACAAUUGACUAAAUAAUUAUUUCAAGUCUUUCAUUUGGUAUCACUGACAAGGAUCCUUCAUUUAAGUCAUUUGUGAUUCCAUGGGAGUAUUUAACAUUUCAUAAAGGCUGCGUGUGGUUCUGUUGUAUGUCAUCAGGAUCAACCACAAACUGUCUGUUUGAUUCCUGGACCUUUGGGAGGAGGCCUGUAGAACGCUUAAUUAGUGACUAAGAGACAUUUUAGCUUACGGUAUAAAUGAAAAUACACGAUGGCUUCAGUUGUCACACAGUUAUUAUUAUUGUGCCAACUUCAAAAUCAGAAAAAAUGUGUCAUUGUAAAAAUGCUGCGUAUUUAGAUAAUCAUCUUGACGUUUAUGCAAAAAUAUAUUCUUGCCACUCUGCUGACACGUCAUGUCUUUGAACAGUAUUUUUGCUUGUUUUUUUCAAUGCGAUUCAUUUCAGUUUAGAGCAUUUAUCUUAUUUAUGCUCCUGUUUAUUCUGUUUUGCUUGGACUUUAACUUUUUUCCUUAAAACUCCGGCCUGCUUGGAAUGCCAUCUGAUAAGCGGCGAACACAAUAACUGGAAGCCCUCUCGAUGCUUUCCUGUUGUGUUCGCACAUACAUGUACUUGGAGCUGCCUGAUCCGUCCACCUCACUCCAUCCUCCUCCUUGUUUGCCUCACCAACUCUCCCUCACGCCGUUCUUCUCCGUCCUUUAAUCAACUAAACCAAACAGUGGACUCAGCUUCCUGUCCAUCUGGGGGGUUGUACCCGCCUCUUCCUGUCCGCGUUAUCUCUCUCACGAGGCGACACAUUGUGCUCACUUCCUGUUAGCCCAGCCUGGGGAACAAACUUAACCUCGGGGAGGAAGAAGGAGCGAGGGAAGGAGAAACACUGAGAAAGAUGAAGAGAACAAUGUCGAGCAGUGAUGAGUUUUGCAGCUGAGAUGCAUCAAGCGUGCACAUGGAGUUAAAGUUGAUGAAGCAACAUCCACUCAUUAUAUUCACGGAAGUCAAUACACAUGACCCAAAGCUGAGAAAUGUAUUAUUUUACACAUUUGCACUGAUUAUUACAUUCCAAUCACAAGUACGCCUUUACUUUUUAAACGUCUCUUGUGAUUGUCUUUCUUGCUGCUGAAGUAAUAUUCAAAAUGAGAUAAAAGACAAAAGAAGAUGGUUCAUUUACUUGUUGCAAAAGCGACGUCUCCAACAACAAUGGAAUUCACCUUUCUUCACUAAUACUUGUGAGUAGCUCUCAACAAGACCAUAUUAAAGUUAUUGCUUUAUAUCAUCACAAUUAUUAUGAUUCUUAUUUUUUAUUUUUCAAGAAUUUGAAACAAAGAAACACACACAAAAAAAAAUAGAAUUGAAAUCAGCAGCAUGUAGCAGAUAGAGGUGCUCCAACAUUCUCUCCAAACAGCAAUAAGCGUUGAGUGUAUUUAGGGAGAGACAUUCUGAGAAAGCUGGGUAAUUCAUUAUGCCAACGUUUCUGUCUUCAUGUCAUCUACACGUGCAAUUGUUGAACACCGAUAUUUAAACGUAUUGGUGGUGUUUGUAUUUUGAUUUGGGUAUGGCUUUUACUUAAAGCAUUACAGGUUUCUACCAUCACACUCGCACGUGCUCUUAUAUUUUCCCUAACAUAUUUUGUAUUUGUGUGUGAAACACGUUUCAGCCAGCAGUGUAUUACACAUGUUUUAGCUUCCAAACUGUCACUGUCAUUUGCUUAUAAACACUGACUUGUUAGACAUUCCAGAACAUAAGAAAUCCAAGACGAGUUGCUCAUUUAGUGCCAUAUUUAAAUAAUUUUGAUUUAUUUGUCGCAAGAUUGUUUUGUGGCAGAUUGUGUCUCCUCUUUAGAAAUCACUUAAAAUAUGAUGAAUGCAUCUUUCAGGUUGGACACCCAGAAACAAACAAUCCAUAUCCAACAAUACACUGUUAAAAUGUGAUUUAUCUGCGUUGUUAGGAAGCAUACACUUUUGAAAUGUACAUAUCUAUGUAUAUGAAAAAAAAUGUGCCUAAUAGUGACUUUCUCUGGCCUCUUUUUUCCUUUUAUUGUAUUUAGAAUAUGUUAAACUUGAUACAAUCUCUUUUUUUUAUUACUGUAAAAAGUUUUAAAAGGGAUUCCUUUUCUACUCAGUGAAGAGAGCAGUGUGUGUGUGUGUGUGUGUCAGAUAAAUGACUUGAACAUGUGAUUUUCUGUCUGCUUGUAAUGUAUUUGUGUGUCUGUGUGCUUGCAGCUGUGCCACUGUAGAUACAUACACACAAAUGAGUGUCAAACCAAUCAAAAAUAUCAACCACAUUGAUGAACAAGUUAAAAACAGUAAAGGUCUCAAAGGGAGCAACACGUGCCUUUAUUCUUUAAAAUUUAUAUAUAUAUAUUGUAAUUCCUUUAUUUUUAUUUGUGUUAUUUUGUUUUGGUGGUGAACACAAUGUUUUUUUAAAUCUUUUUAUGGUGUAUAUCAACUACUUUUUAUUACCUGACAUUUUUGUAAGUGCAAAAUAAAAAUAAACACUAGA